UUGAACACAGGUCAUUCUUACAAAGAGUUAACCAAAUAAGAUCUAGUUUAAUCGCUAUAAAAAUUUCAAAUAUGCUGAUAAUAUUGUGCUUUUUAAUGUUUGUUACUUGUACAAAUACUAUAGAUAUUGCUUGUUCACCGGAUACUUGUAGAAAGUUGAAGGUGAAAUGCGCAGACAUUGACGCCACGACUUGCGAAGGAGUGUUGAUGUCAGGUGGAGGAUUUUGUGGAUGCUGUAAGCAGUGCGUUCCGUUGUUAAAAGAGGGUGAAAAAUGUAUUUCUAAUCCGUUUGUUACGUCAUCAUCCGGGAUAUGCGAUGAAGGUCUCAUCUGCCAGUCACACGUUUGUCGUAAAACGCUUUAUGGAAGAGACUUGACGGCUCCGUGUGCAGCCAAGCUUGCUGAAAUAAAUGCUCGACUAAAUAACGAUACAGAACAUAUGUUACUCGGGCUGGAGAGACCGCGUUGUGAAGAUGACGGCACUUAUAAACCAUACCAGUUUGGUGGAUCUCAAGCAAUCUGUGUGACUGCUGAUGGUACAAGACUCUAUGACUACAUGGUGUAUAGAUGGGAGGCUGGAGAUACCAUGGACUGUCAAUGUGCGAGGGAUCAAUAUGCAUACCAGCAGACCGGUCUAAUUGGUAAAAUAUUCUACUGUGACAAGAACGGUAACUAUGCAUCAGUGGGAUGUUCGGGAUCUGUUUGUUACUGCCAGGACAAAAUGGGCAAACACGUUGGUUCCUCGACUGUUAAUAUCUCGGAGAAAGAUUCUAUGAACUGCUAGGAUGAAGCUCAUAUAUAUGUGGAAGAAAUGAUUAUCUGUAAAAUCGAGUUCAGUGUUCAUGUUUGAAUUUGAAAUAAACUUUAAAAUUAU